CGCUUACAAAAUGCCUUCUCCAACCCACUCACCGAAGCGUUCCAAGAACGACCGCCGCUCGUUCAGAGACGAGGUGUCACGAUCACCACCUCGAAGAAGACGACGCUCACCAUCAGAGGAUCGCGCUCCCCGGCGAAACAGGAGCCGAAGCCGGAGCCCGGACGAUGGGAGAAGGAGACGUGAUGAUGGGAAUCGUCGUGACCGGAGAAAUGAAGGGCGUUUCGAAGGCGUGCCAGAAUCGCAACGAUAUGGAAAACAGGAACAAACAGAAAACAAGGAGGCCGUACCUACUAUUCCAAAAGAGCAACCUAAUUUUGAAGUUUCCGGCGCUUUAGCGGCCGAGCAGAAUACGUAUAAAGGUGUCGUACUGAAAUACAGUGAACCUCCCGAGGCGCGGAAACCAAAGGGACGAUAUAGGCUGUAUGUUUUCAAAGGAAAAGACCAAAUAGAUAUGCUGCACAUCCAUCGUCAAAGCGCGUUUCUCAUAGGGCGCGACCGACUGGUUGCAGAUAUUCCCAUAGAUCACCCGUCCUGCUCCAAACAGCAUGCAGUGUUACAGUACCGUCAAAUUGUUGACACAGAUGCAAUAGGACAAGGCACGCGGACAGUAAAGCCUUACAUCAUUGAUCUGGAUGCGACAAACGGUACCUAUAUCAAUGGUGAUCGGAUACCUGCAUCACGAUACGUGGAGCUCAAAUUGGGAGAUACAUUAAAGUUUGGAUUUAGCACUAGGGAAUAUGUGUUGAUGAGCGAGGACCUAGUUGACGAGAAGGGAGCAUAGUCCGCGCGAUCUACAUUUAUUUUGGGCGUUCCUGUAAAUAUGAGCUCGUUCGACGUGGUUCCACGGGCGCCAUCAUGUUCGCUUAUCUUUCUCGGUACAGCGGGAAAGAUCAUGUCAGUGUCAUUGUCAGGUUAAAAACUGAUCGACAAGGUAUAUUAGUUUAUUAAAUCAAAGUCCCAAAUUAC